AAAAAAAAACUGAGUAAGCUAAGCACAAAAGGGUUCCUUUCCUUUAAUGAAGUGCAUCUUUUAUUUGGGCUUCGUCUUCCUGAUCCAAUUCUUAGGGUUUUGAGAGUUGCGGUGUAAACUUCUUAGGAUUGAAAUGGCAGACGAAGCUAACAGAACUGCUUUCCUUGAAAUUCAAGGUCGCAUGAUCGAGACCACUGGAAAAUUAAAACAGGUCCAAAAUCAGAUGCGUUCCAAAGAAGCAGAAAAAAAGCGUGCUUUUUUGACCAUGGAGGAGCUGAAGCAGGUUCCUGAUGAUACUAAUGUUUACAAAUCCAUUGGGAGAAUGUUUGUAUUGGAGACCAAGGCAACGUUAAUGAAUGAACAGGAGAACAAGUUCAAAGAUGGUGAAGCUUCAAUCACUACAUUACAGAGCUCGAAAGAAUACUUGGAAAAGCAAAUGGCAGAGGUAGAAAAUAAUUUGCGAGAGCUGUUACAACAGGAUCCUGGUCUUGCUCGGCAAAUCAUGUCUAUGAAUGUAGUGUAAAUUUUUCAUUAGUGAAACUAACUUGUAGUGGUGGGUUUUCUGAUGCAUUUGUGAAAAUAGAAAAAUCAGUAUUUGUGAGAAUAUGUACUGUCUGCUCUAUUGAUGAUUUUCCAUCCUUCACAAAACGUUUGAGUGAUUUUGCAAGUUAUCUUGAAACUUUAAUAGAAAAAUUUCUACUUCAUGACCAAGAA